AACGAUUUGGACUAUUUAAACCGUAGCGGGUAACUUAAAUGUUUCAUUUAGCUACGAAAUUUCCUUCACUCGUAUCUACCAGUAUCAAUCACAGAUUAUCAGCUGUAUUCUCCUCAAAAGUUGACUCAUUGUAUAGUGUUUUCGGGCUCUCAAGCAAUGCGACUCACCAAGAUAUCAAAGAAGCCUUCUAUCGACUGUCAAAAAUAUACCAUCCUGAUGUGACUGAUGAUCCUAACUCUAGAGAAAAGUUUCAUGAGUUGACAAAAGCUUAUGAAAUCCUUGGAAAUCCUGUUAAACGGAGUGAAUAUGACCGUGGCCUAAUUCAUACGAUAGGCAGCGGUGUGCAUCACUUCUCUAAGGACGGUUACACAAUUGACUCUGUAAAAGACAGAAGCACAGACAGUUUUAAAUCAUUCUAUGUAAAACAACACAACCGAACGUUAAAUGAGUUCUGGGCGAAGCAUUCUGAUCGUGAAUCUAUGAUGUCCGCCACUGAAUUGAGGAAUGAUCAUAAAGGAGUUUUGGGAGUACUAUUAAUGACGGUGCUGUAUACCACUUUAAAAAAAGCAUUACUAGGAUCCGAAUGACAGGAAUACAUGAAGCGUCUGGGUACAAAUUAUGCAACCAUUUUUCAGUGUUCGCUGUUUUUGCAGUUUCGAGGAUUUCCGGGCGACUUUCCGUUCGUUGACAGCUCGCCUGUGGUGGAACCCCUAUUCUAUCUAAAUGAUCUCGACUCACUGACCGGUGGAAAGUUGGAUGUUACCAACGACUACGAAUACGGAAACAGUCUUUCUGCAACUACGUAUAGCGGGAAGAUUCAGUUAAACAAUACCACGCGAAUUUAAACUUCGCCCUAUCGCACAAGGAAGUGGCUAUUAGGACUCAGUAACCAAGUGGAUAAGGCGAUGACAUUUGAAGCGAAUGGCACUGUGUUCGAGUCCCGGAAUGAACAUCAACUCUGAGAUGCAGGUACAUACAGGUGACGAGUUCCAAACAGGACGAAACGCGCAUCCUGGAUUCCUAUGCUAGCCACUAUCCAUGUUUGUCUAUAAUGCUUGUGAAUUAAGGCAAUAUCGGGGCAAUCCACACGGUAUGCACAUAGGCCAAUAAGAGACUGAUCACUCUCAGUCUUAAACACCAAGAUUCCAAUAAACAAUACCAAGUCAAUAAUUUUAGUGUUUCUUAACGUUAGGGCUGCCUUCGAUUCGAUGCACAGGACUGUUCUGUGGGAUUGUCUAUUGAAGAAGAGUGUGUCUGAGAAGUUUAUUAACAUCUUAGAAGCCCUAUAUACAUACACCUCAGGCAGAGUGAGGACAUACAAUCACCUCUCUCCACUGUUCCAUUCAAGCAGUGAGGUUGGCAAGGGUUUCCCAGUCUCACCAUUCCUCAUAAGUUUUGCCAUCUGUAUUUAUUAUGUAUUUGAACACAUAAACAUUGGUAAAAAGGAGCACCGAGACAUACGCUACACAAUAACAAUGAGGUCCAUGAAAUAUUCCUACUUAGAUUUUUACUAUUAUUUCAGAUACUAUAUUAUCUCUGUUGAUUUGUUCCCAUAUGGAUGCCGAACAUCUGUCAAUAGUUAUAUGAAAUAUCAGUACCUACUCUUGUCAUGACAACCACUCUGUCUCUUAUGACGAAGUAUGACACUAACCAGAAAUGAGUUAUUCUAGGGAUUGCAAUUGAAAUACAGAGCAAAUGUUUCAUAGAAUUUCAAUGACUACUUACACUUACCAGUAUUACAUGAAAUAUAAACUUCAUAGUCAAUAGUUAUAGAUUUCAAGUGAAUUCUUCUUAUCAAAAUAAGCAACUGAUUAAACAGUAUAUAAUAUUCAAGUCAUUCUUCAAAAUCUUCCCGUUAAACUGACAAAUAUAUCGAUUUUAAAUCAGUACCAUAUUUAUUAUUUCUAAUUUAAGUGAGCUAAUCUAUUUCUAGAAAAAACCUGGUAACUUGUGCUUUAUUGGGUUUCAGUUUUAUGUUGUUUAUUUUCAGCCGAAUGUGUAGAAGUCAUCACAAUAAACCAACCAUCAAUUAUUUCGGCGGUAAUUCUUUGAUAAAUCAAAGUAAUCACACAAUUCUAACAAAAACGUGGUUACUAUGGUUCAAAUGUUAUUGAAAAUAUACUGGGUAGAGUUUUUCGCAUCUUCGUGUUCGUAUAUCGUGCUCAGGCGCUUGAGAUGUUGAUCUUUCUGGGUUUGUCACGCUAAAGAUAUGCGAUGGUAUUUUAACGUUUGAGCUGGCUUAGCAGUAUUUCUCCUAUGUGGUUAAUUGUAAUAUCUGAUCAAC